UCAUGUCCCCUCCUCUGCCCUCACCCAAAAUGGCCGCGGGCGCCUCCGUCCAUCCCUGAGGCGGGACCAGCGCUGAGGGCGCGGGACGCGGAGGCGGCCGAGGCUCUUUAGAAGGCGGCUGGAGGCCGGGCAGUGAGGUUUGAUGAGUCAGACUGGGCUGUUGGGAGCUGCUGUUGAAGAUGUACAUGUUGGUUGAAAAACGCACAAAUUCCCAUCUGCACCUGAAGAGGUCACCUGGCAUCCGCUCCUGGUCUCUCUGUGUUGGAAUAGCCUCCAUAGGUUUGGCUGCUGCUUAUUAUAGUGCAGACAGCUUGGCAUGGAAGCUCUUCUACAUGGCUGGGUGUUUCUUUGUGGCAGCCCAGAAUCUGGAGCAGUGGGAGGAAGCUGUAUUUGAUAAAAACAAGGGAACAAUCUGCCUUAAAACAUUCAACCUCUACAAAAAAAUCCUGACCUUGUCAAAAGGAGGCAAUGAACAAGUGGUGGCCGUGCUGAGCGAGAUCCGCGAUGUGAACGUGGAGGAGGAGGCCGUGCGCUAUUUCGGGAAGGGCCACCUGGUGGUGCUGCGCUUCGUCACCGGCUUCUCACACCCGCUCACCCAGAGCGCCGUGCUGGGCUGCAGAAGUGAUGUGGAAGCAGUUGCCAAACUCAUUACGAGUUUUCUGGAACUGGACAGAGUGGAGACCCCACAAGAUUUCUCCCAGAGCAGCGAAACAGAGGCAAGUGAUGCAGAUGAACCACAGGUUAAAUACUGAUAGUCAUUGUGAACUGAAGCAAGCAGAGGCUUUCACAAUCUGGAAAAUAUUCUGAUUGUUCUUCAGAACAAGAAACCCCUCACAACCUUGAUCUGGGCAUUUCUCAACGUGUGCAUUUGCAAUGGGUGGAAUCUGUCUUAGGGCCCAUUGUUCAGUGCUAAAUUGCUUCAAGACCCUGCAUGUGGACACUGCUGGCUUUUGAACUUUUGUCACCUCAUCAAACUUGUCUAGGAAUAGUUAUUUAUUAAUGAAUUGGUUUGAAAUAAUUGCUUUUCCAUUAAUGAAGAUACAGAUGUGAGCUUCUGCUUACUGCAAACAUUUGCUGCAGGUACAGUAUAUGCAAUGUAGAAGAGUUGAAUUUGUAACUCAAUACACAAAGCUUUGAGGUUUCCCCUUUAAUAUAUGCAAUUAGGAGAUGCAGAAUAGUGGCACUUUUAUGUUCUCUACUACUGACUUGCCACUGGAUAUCUGUGGCAAUUUAAGUCUGAGUGCCUCUCUUGGAAUUUUAAACAUCAGGGUAAUCAACUUGUAAAGGUGUCUUAACUUAUCUCAGACUCACCAAGGAGCCAUAAAUAGCAAAGGAAAAAGGAUCAUGAUGAAACUUCCUGUUCUGUUUCACUUGUGGGCAGGACAGAGCAAUCUUUUUCUAGACCUCAAUGUUUACUAUUUAAACUGUGUAUUUAGAAAGGAAGCAGGGACAUGUUUAACUUUAGGUAGGGAAAGGGCUGAUGUCAAACGAGGUGGUAGCUUAGAGUUGUUGAGUAUUUCCUCACUUGAAAUGAUACCCAAGUGCUAAAUAAUAACUUUUUUUAAGGUAGGUAGCACAGACUAAAUGUCUGACUGUGUUUUACUCCAGCUGUGUGGUGUCCUCUGUUCUGACCAAUGGUUUCACAAAUAGUUCAAAUAUGCAUUUUUUCAAGGUAUUUCUGAAGUAAAAGCUACCUCUGUUAGUCAACAUAUUCUCUGUAGAGCUAGAACUGCUUCAUGCUUACAUUAACAUGUCAGUACAAGAAAGAAAUGUCAAAAGCUGCAAGUUCCUUCAGCAUGCUACAGCUGCUUGUACUGAAGUUCACUAGGUUUUAUUUAGGAAUCUUAUGGUCUUUAGACCUGAUUUAGAAAAUCUGUGCACAGUUACAUCUAGGAGAUGUGAACAGGUACGAGGUAACUGUGUUCUGUGCUUUCACAGUUGGCCAGCAGCAAAUGUCUCCUGGCAGCAGUUCCUUCAGAUUUGAAAGAGCCUGUGUUCUUGUUCCCAAUCACUCUACCUCUACAGAGAGAAGGCUCUGGAAAGCUUUUGGUGGAAGGCACAUCCUGUUGUGAGUUCAGUUUGGUGUGAAGCUGAGCACAGGUUUCCCUUCCAGCUGUCACACCCAGGCUGUGAGCAGAGGCUGUGGCUGUCAGGGGAAGGUGCUCACACUGCAGCAGGGCUGGUGGCUGUUGGUGUAGCUGCCUGCAGCACAGAACCAGGUCUGUUUCCUUUAAAUAAGGUAAAAAACUUGUAAUCAUGUCAGGUAUCAGCACAGAGCUCUGCCAGUACAUGUUCCUCAAAGUCCUCUGAGUUGUUGGGGUGAUCAUGGGGCUUUUGGUGCCUACCCCACACCACUGGAGCUGGGAAGCUGCAGUUUAUGAAUGUGGGAAAAUCAGGUUGCAAUUAGCUAAAUUUGCCUUUAUUCUCCAGCACAGCUGUAGGCUAAGCAUAAUCAUCAAACCUGUUUAAAAAUACUGCAGGGUGUAACACUUAAUGCAGAGUUCCUCAUUUCAAUCCACUGUAAUGCACACCCCAGGUGAUGCUCAUUUUAGAGAGAGGAGGAUGAGAUUGGGGAUUUGGAGAACUCUUUUUCCUCACAGUGUAAAAUGAGAAUGGUGAGUGUUCUAAGGACUUCAGCAGGAAGUUCUGUCCUGUAUGUCAUGGUGCAGUGUAAGCACAAGGGCUCAGCCUGUGCCAGCUGCUGCUCUGUGCCAAGGAUAUUCAGAGGGCAUUGUGCUGUGCCCUGCACUUACUCUGAGCCCGUGGAGUGGACCAUGGAUAGCCCAGACCAAACUGCCCUCAGCCUCAGCUCUGCUGGCUUUCAUUUGGAUUCCCAUGACAGCUGACAUUCCAUGGAAGAUGUAAACCACACUGUAGAUCUCCAGUUAAAAAUCAGCUUUUGAGAGGUCCAUCUGUUGGUGUGACCCUGCACUGCAUCCUGUGUGUGUCCUCUGCUGCUGAGCUGCAGUGCCUCCAGCUUGCUGUGCAUUCAUGGUGUUUGAUGCCUACACUGACAGACUAUGCAGUACCUUAGACAAAGAGACUAAAAAACAAUGUCAGGAAAUUGAGAAUAUAGAAAAGGGAAUGACCUAUAGUGAGGUACAAUGUAACUUGAAAUACAUCCUGUGGAGUAAUGUGUAUGUUGGGUUGGUGUCAGUGAUCACCUCUGCAGAGGUGUUCAGCAGUGUCCUCCUCACUCCUCAUUACCCUGCUGUGUUAGGCAGGGCAGGGAUGGCUGCACCAUGCACUGUGUGCCUAGGAGGAAUAUUGACUCCUCAGCCUUUCCCUUGGAGCACCUGGUGCCAUCCUCUGGUGCCAUUUCCAUGUAGCAUUUGGCAGCUGUCACUGUACCAACAAGUCCAGUUCCAGUGGGAAUCUGUGUUCUGCAGCCUGAGCUGGCAGGAUGGGCCCUGGGGAUGUUCUCAGAGCUGUGUUCUGCAGGAUGGGCCCUGGGGAUGUUCUCAGAGCUGUGUUCUGCAGGAUGGGCCCUGGGGAUGUUCUCAGAGCUGUGUUCUGCAGGAUGGGCUGUGGGGAUGAUCUCAGAGCUGUGUUCUGCAGGAUGGGCUGUGGGGAUGUUUUCAGAGCUGUGUUCUGCAGGAUGGGCCCUGGGGAUGUUCUCAGAGCUGUGUUCUGCAGCAUGGGCUGUGGGGAUGUUCUCAGACCUGUGUUCUGCAGGAUGGGCUGUGGGGAUGAUCUCAGAGCUGUGUUCUGCAGGAUGGGCUGUGGGGAUGAUCUCAGACCUGUGUUCUGCAGGGCAGGAUGGGCCCUGGGGAUGAUCUCAGAGCUGUGUUCUGCAGGAUGGGCUGUGGGGAUGUUCUCAGAGCUGUGUUCUGCAGGAUGGGCUGUGGGGAUGAUCUCAGAGCUGUGUUCUGCAGGAUGGGCUGUGGGGAUGAUCUCAGAGCUGUGUUCUGCAGGAUGGGCUGUGGGGAUGAUCUCAGAGCUGUGUUCUGCAGGAUGGGCUGUGGGGAUGUUCUCAGAGCUGUGUUCUGCAGGAUGGGCACUGGGGAUGAUCUCAGAGCUGUGUUCUGCAGGAUGGGCUGUGGGGAUGUUCUCAGAGCUGUGUUCUGCAGCAUGGGCUGUGGGGAUGAUCUCAGAGCUGUGUUCUGCAGGAUGGGCCCUGGGGAUGUUCUGGCAGCUGGGGGGCUCCUGUGGGGACGUGUCAGGCACUGCUGGCGGAUCCACCCAGGAGCUUCUGUGGCACUGAUCCAUCUGAGCCUGGCAGGGGACACUGCCCCAGUGGUAGCACAGGCUGAUGGAGGCUGAUGGGCUUUUCUCUUGUUUCUCUCUCCACAUGUGGAGCUUCUUGCCCUCCAAUAUCAUUUCUAGCUGGAAGACAUGGCCAGAUGAGUGCAGUAACAGUGCAUGGACAAUUCACCUGCAGUUGCUGCUGCCAUGAUUUGGCUGUGGCAGGGUCUGUGCCCUCAGCACAGGGUCCACUCUUCCCUCUUUGGACAAAUCCUUUCUCCUUCUCCUUUUGUGCCACUUCCACCAUUCUGCUGGAGGAUUUCCUGGUUUUCCUCACUCCUCAGUACACAGAGCCUGACAUGUGCCUGCUGUGAAGUGACUUGGACUCAAGGAAUGACAUCAAAGACUCAUUUUGGGUAGGAAACUCAGUACUCCCAGGAGACUUUGUACAGAUGUACUCAUGAACUUCUGCAUCUCAGGCUGUCUCUAGAGACCUGGGCCUGACUUAGCCAUGAUUAAAAAAGCUGCACAGCAGAGCUCAGAUCAGCUCUAACACCCAAACCAAGCCCUUUUGUCAGCUCCUUGCAUGGCUGUGCUGGGAUGGGGCUGGGGCUGUGGCUGCUGCACUGCUCUGUGUAACCUUGGUGUAACCUUGGUGUAACUUCAUAUUCCAGUACUUCACCAUGAAAUAUUCCAUUCCUGACAUUAAGUGUGCAAAUCUCAAAGAAAAUCCAAAUAUUUCUAGUUGAGAUCUGAUUUUUUGAGCUGUAUUUAUGAAGUUACACAGGUACCAAAACCUCAGCUGGCUCCCAUAAUAAAUAAAAAGUGCUAGUUCUGACAGUGUCAUGGAUGGCUGGGAGGCAAAAAUACUUCUGGAAAAUGUUUAGAAAUUGCCUUUUUUUUUUUUUUUUUUACUUUGAAAUUGCAAGUAGAAUUUCAGCAAGGCCUUGUUGUGUUGUCUUUUUUUAAAAAUAAUGUUAACUGAUAAAAUCAACUUUGAUAACUUGUUUUGCAUCGCUGUAGUAUUUUGUAUAUUGUUUUUAAUUAAAAUUAUUAAAAAUA